AUGGCGAACGAAAAAUCAUGGCAGAGCGGGAAACCACUGAUGAAGUGCAUUAAUACCAUGCUUCAAUAUCAAGUGGCUACAGACGUUACAUUUGUUGUGGAAGAUUGCGAAAUUAAAGCCCACAAGUUUAUCCUUAUCAGCAGAAGUCCUUCAUUCGAAGCCAUGUUCAGUGGUCGUCUGCCAGAACCAAAUGAAAUCAAAAUCACGGAUGUGUCCAAAAAAACCUUCAACAUGUUUCUGAGGUACCUGUACACGGACAACAUCGCUAUCGACAUCGAUAAUGUGGCGGACAUUCUUAAAGUCGCAGACAAAUAUCUAGUCGACAUAUUGACAGAGAAAUGUCAUGCUUAUGUCAAAGAACAUCUUAAUCCUGACAACGUUUGUCUUAUGAAAGAACGAUGCCAUGCAUUUCCUAACGAAAAGUUGUUAUCAGAAUGUCGUCGUAUCGAGGAAGAAGCGGCCUGCGCUAUUCUUGAAUCCACGGGUUUCACAGAACUCUGCAAGGAUUGUGUUAAGGAGAUGAUUUCCUCUGACUGUCUCCCUGUAGAUGAACAUUUUGUUUUCGAAGCUGUGAUUCGGUGGGCUGAAGAAGAGUGUAGGAUGAAAGGCGUUGAAUUGACAGAUGAAAACAGAAGAAAGUAUUCAUAUGACCUCUUCGAUCAUAUCCGAUUUCCGAUCAUGAAUGUUGGCUACUUUUGUAAAACGCUGUUCAAUAUGUCAGUUCUGAGCGAUAGCGAGCUGGUAAAAUUACACAGAUACAUCCAUAAACAAGAAUCCUGGAAGCAGACGCGGUCAACUCCGGGACAGGCUGAUCAGGGAGUGUGUGAUACAAUCAAACAUCCAAUCGUUGGUCGGUCAACACAGUCAACCGAUGAAUCGUGCAGCCAAAGAUUUCAAAGUAUGAAUAAUACAGGUGAAGCAAGUCAAGUAACAGACGCCACAGAUGAUCUAAGCGCCUGCUUAUGCGGCUUUAAAUGUACGGAACGUGUACGCUACCGUAAGGGCAAGUAUACAGUUGUUUGUCGUCAGUUACCAGCGAAAAGUAGAUAUAAUAGUGUUCUUGGUACCAGCACCCAAAUAAUUGCUGUUAGUGAACACUUCCGAUGUUCAUCACCCAUUUAUCUUCAUGGAAUCACAACUGUUUUCAGCGGAGACCAUAUCAGCGUGAAGGUCAAUGACGAAGACGUCCGAAUCGAGUUGGCCGACGGAAAUCUGAAAACUGUAAAGUUUCGGAAAAUCAUCCAAAUUUACCCUGAAAGUGAUAAUGUCAUAUAUUUAAUGGUGGGGAACGAGGAGAAGAACCUGCUGAGAAACACGUUAUCGAAUACUAUCACAUUUGAUGGGGUAACUAUAAAAUUUACUGAUUCGGGAAACAACUCUAAUGGAUACGUGACAGGGCUAUUAUUAUCUAAAUGAUCAAUAUAUCAUCGAACAAAAAGUACAGAGAAUACAGUGACUGUUGAUAGUCAGUCUCCUAUUGUAUAAUGUAGCCAGUCUCAUAUUGGUUGAUAGAGUUAAUCUUCUGUCGCAUAAUGAAGUCAGUCUUCCAUUAAGUGAUAUA